GUCUGCCUGGAGGCGCGUCGCUGCCUCCGCGGAAGGAGCAGCUCGGUCGAGGGAGACACGCCGCGCCGGCCGCCGACCUCGCACGGGACGCCGCUCGCUCCACGCCGCCGCCCCGCUGCCAGCAGAGGAAGCCGAGCCGCCGCGCUUCGUCCGGAUGGCUCCCGCGCCCCGGAGGCCCUGCCUGCCGCUCCUCGGCCGCCUGGUGCUGGCGGCGCUGGCUUGCCUGCCUCCGCUCUCAGAUUCCCUGGCUGUGAUGUCGGUGGACCUGGGCAGUGAAUCCAUGAAGGUGGCGCUGGUGAAACCCGGGGUGCCGAUGGAAAUCGUCUUAAACAAGGAGUCUCGCAGGAAAACCCCACUAGCCGUGGCGCUGAAGGAGACCGAGCGGCUCUUUGGUGAUAGCGCAGCUGGAAUGGCUAUUAAAUCUCCAAAGGUCACAUUCCGCUAUUUCCAAGACCUUCUGGGCAAACAUUUUGACAACCCCCAAGUGGCUUGGUACCAGUCAUGGUUCCCAGAGCAUCAGCUGGAGAAAGAUGCAAGGAGGGAGACGGUCAUCUUUAGACUCUCUGACAAGUUGCAAUAUUCUCCAGAAGAGAUGCUGGGUAUGGUCCUGAAUUAUUCUCGGGCACUGGCUGAGGACUUUGCAGAGCAACCAGUCAAAGAUGCAGUAAUCACUGUCCCUGCAUACUUCAACCAAGCAGAGAGGAGAGCCGUUCUGCAUGCAGCCAAAAUGGCCGAUCUGAAGGUUCUGCAGCUCAUCAACGAUAACACUGCCGUGGCGUUGAACUAUGGCGUCUUCCGGAGGAAAGACAUCAAUGCCACAGCUCAGAACAUCAUGUUCUACGACAUGGGGGCAGGCAGUACUGUCUGCACCAUCGUGACCUACCAAACUCUGAAGACCAAGGACUCGGGGGUCCAACCUCAGCUGCAGAUCAGGGGUGUUGGCUUUGAUCGGACGCUGGGAGGCCUGCAGAUGGAGCUGCGUCUUCGUGACCACCUGGCCAAGCUGUUCAAUGAGCAACAUCCGGGCAAGGACGUCCGGCAGAAUCUCCGUGCCAUGGCCAAGCUGCUGAAGGAAGCCAAUCGGGUGAAAACAGUGUUGAGUGCCAAUGUGGACCACAUGGCUCAGAUUGAGGGUCUGUUGGAUGACAUCGAUUUCAAGGCCAAGGUUUCCCGACAAGAGUUUGAGAAUCUGUGUUCUGACUUGUUCGAGCAAGUGGCAGGCCCCGUCUGGCAGGCCCUCAGUAGCGCUGAGAUGAGCCUGGAUGAAAUUGACCAAGUGAUCCUCGUUGGAGGGGCUACCCGAGUGCCGAAGGUGCAGGAAUUUCUGUUACAAGUAGUCGGCAAGGAAGAGCUGGGGAAGAACAUCAACGCUGAUGAGGCUGCUGCGAUGGGUGCCGUCUACCAGGCAGCUGCUCUGAGCAAAGCCUUCAAGGUGAAGCCCUUCGUUGUCCGUGAUGCAGCCAUGUACCCGAUCCAGGUCGAGUUCACUCGGGAAGUCGAAGAGGGGGAUGAGUCCAAGAGUCUGAAGCACAACCGACGCAUCCUUUUCCAGCGCAUGGCACCCUAUCCUCAGCGCAAAGUCAUCACCUUCAACCGCUACACAGAUGACUUCGAAUUCCAGGUCAACUAUGCCGACAUGGGCUUCCUGAGCGAGAGCAACCUACGAGCUUUUGGGUCCCUGAACCUCACAAAGGUGAAGCUGCGCGGUGUGGGGGAGAGCUUCAAGAAGCACCUGGAUUAUGAAUCCAAAGGCAUUAAGGCUCAUUUCAACAUGGAUGAGAGUGGCGUGCUGAAUCUUGAUCGGGUGGAGUCUGUAUUUGAGACAGUGGUAGAGGAGAAACCAGAGGAGGAAUCCACACUCACCAAACUUGGAAACACCAUCUCCAGCCUGUUUGGAGGAGGAGGCAGCCCUGGCCCAGAAGCCCUUGAGAACGUGACGGAGGCUGUUCAUGAGGACGAAGAGGCUCAAGCAGAGUUUGGGAGAGACGAUCAGAAGGACCAUGCUGGGCCUGCUAGUGAGGAGGGUGAGAAGCAGCUGCCCACGUCUCAGGAAAAACCCGCUGGAGAGGCUCCUGCCCCUGAGGGCCGGCAGGAGGAGGCUGGAGAAAAGGGGGGGUCCAAGGAAGCCCCAGAUAAAGCAGAGGCUGGAAAGGGGGAGGAGCCCCCUGUAAAAAGUCCAGCCGAGAAGGCAGCCGUGGCAGUGGAGGAGGAGAGGAAGGCCAAAAAGCAGCGCCUGGUGGAGGAGAUUGCAGUGGAGUUGGAUGUCCACGACGUGCUGGACCUGCUGCCGGAAGAGCUGCAUACUUCCAGCCUGAAGUUGCAGGAGCUGACCGAAAGAGACCUGGAGAAGCAGGAGAGGGAGAAGUCGGCCAACAGCCUGGAGGCCUUCAUUUUUGAGACCCAGGACAAGCUCUAUCAGGAGGAGUACCAGUUUGUUGCAACUGAAGAAGAAAGGGAGGAAAUAUCCAGGAAACUGAGUGAAGCUUCCAGCUGGAUCGAAGACGAGGGCUACACAGCCACAACAAAGGAGCUGAAGGAGAAGCUUUCUGAGCUGAGGAGGUUGUGCCGGAGCCUCUUCUUCCGGGUGGAGGAAAGAAGGAAGUGGCCAGACCGGCUGGCUGCCCUGGAGGGCCUGCUGAAUCACUCCAGCAUUUUCCUCAGGGGGGCCCGAAUGAUCCCGGAGCCUGAUCAGAUAUUCACCGAGAUCGAGCUGAGCACUUUGGAAAAAGCUAUCAAUGAGACGGAGGUGUGGAAGAAUGAGACCCUGGCCGAACAGAACAAGCUGCCCCCCACCGCCAAGCCCCUUCUGCUUUCCAAAGACAUUGAGCUGAAGAUCGCAGGGUUGGAUCGGGAGGUGCAGUACCUUCUCAAUAAGGCCAAGUUCACCAAGCCCAAGAAGAGGGAGAACGCCACCGGGUCUCCGGAGAAUGGCAAGACCACCCCUCCCAAGCAGGAAACUCGGGAAGAUCGACCGGAAGAUGCCAGCCCAGCCAAAGAGCCCCCCACAGAGGAGGAAACUCCACUGGACAAUGAAUUGGACCCAGAUGGAGGCCCACAAACAGAUAAGACUGAAGAAACAAAAGAGACCAGAAGUAAUGAUGAAUUAUAACACUUCCUCAAGUCCCUGUGUGCAUCAUCAACAUCUAUUUAUUUACAGUUAAUUUUACUGUUUUUAUGAUGGACAUGGUUAGUGGAAGAUGGCACAAACUGAUGACAAAAUAGAAUUGUAUUUUUUCCCCCUUUUUGUUUGGGGAUUUUGUUCUUGCUCAUUUGGAAAUUUUGUGCUGUGUCAACUCCUUUAAAGACAACGUUCAGCUCUUGGAAAUGUU